CUGCUCUCCAAGUCUUCAUCACUACCCCACCUCAUCAUGCUCCUCUUUCCUUCUCUCUGUUGCUAUUUAUCAUCCAUAGUUACAAGAAUGAAUGCAGUAUACAAUCCUAACACAAACACCAUGUUGCUAUAAAUCAUUAAAGUUUCCAUAGUUUGUUUGUUUUUUAUAUUUCAUGAGUUGAGUUGGGUUGGAUUGAGAAUCCAAAAUGGUGGGGUGUCCUCCUUCAAGGUGAAAAGUGGAUAUUUUUUGCCAGGAAUCAAUCAGCAAUGAAUGGUGUUUCCUAUGAUGGGUUUAUUAUGUUCUUGUUCAUCUUCCCCAUGGUUGUGUCUCUUGGCUCAGUUUCAACUUUAUCUCCAAGUGGGUCUACCAGACAUGCUGUAAACACUAUAUUAGGAGAAGUGAAUUUGGAUCCAUGGAAGACUGAAGUGGCACAAAUUGCUCUAGCACCAUAUCCUGGAGUUGAUUCUCCUGAGGGUACUCUUGUGCUGGCUGCAAACAGGACCAACAGGCCUGACAUUCUACAGCGUUUUCGACGCUACAAAGGUGGUUGGGACAUUGCAAAUAGACAUUAUUGGGCAUCAGUUGGAUUCACCGGUGCGGCUGGUUUCAUCCUUGCUGUCUUAUGGUUUAUAUCAUUUGGUUUGGCACUUGUGAUCCAUUCUUGCUGUGGAUGGGGGAUUAACAUCAAGGAAGAAGGAUCAAAUCGUUUGCAAAGAGUUUGCCUUAUGCUGCUACUGUUAUUCACCUGCACUGCAGUGACGGGGUGUGUCCUUCUUUCUUUUGGGCAGGAUAAAUUCCAUGGUGAGGCCAUUCAUACUCUCCAUUAUGUUGUCAAUCAAUCAGACUAUACAGUGGAGAUUCUAAGAAAUGUCACAGAGUAUCUCUCACUUGCCAAAUCUAUCACUGUAGCAGAGAUGUUUCUUCCUUCUGAUAUCAUGAAUGAUAUUGACAACUUGAAUGGGGAUCUAAAAGCUGCUGCAGAUACACUUUAUGAGAAGACACAUGAAAAUUCAAUUAAAAUAAGAAAAGUGUUUGAUACUGUGAGUUUAGCUUUGAUUGCGAUGGCAGCAAUGAUGCUUCUCCUGGCUAUAAUUGGAUUAAUCCUGUCUAUCCUUGGAUACCAACAUGCCAUCCUCAUAUUUGUUAUCAGUGGAUGGUUACUGGUUGUAACAACCUUCAUUCUUUGUGGAGUGUUCAUGCUACUUAAUAAUGCAAUUUCUGAUACCUGUUUGGCCAUGGGAGAAUGGGAAGAGAAUCCACAAGCAGAAUCAACUCUUAGAAACAUCCUUCCAUGUGUUGAUCAGGGAACCACAAACAGGACACUUUUUCAAAGUAAACAAGUGGUUACCAAUAUUGUCAGUGUGGUCAAUAGGUUCAUCUACAGCACUGCAGAUGCAAAUCCAUCACAGGGUAGUAUGAACUAUUACAAUCAGUCUGGACCUGCAAUGCCACCUUUGUGCUAUCCCUUUGACUCAGAGUUUAAAGAGCGCCAGUGCACAACUCAAGAAGUUUCAUCUUUCAAUGCUUCUUCGGUUUGGAAGAAGUAUGAGUGUGAGGUAUCUGAGUAUGGUAUUUGCACCAGUGUUGGCAGGGUGACCCCGGAGAUUUACUUGGAAUUAGUAGCUGCAGUUAAUGAAAUCUAUGCAUUGGAGCAUUACACUCCACUUGUACUUAGCCUUCAGAACUGCAAUUUUGUGAGGGACACAUUCAAAGAAAUCAUUUCAAGUUAUUGUCCUCCAUUAAACCAUUACAUUAAUGUUAUCAAUGAAGGACUGGGCCUCAUUUCAAUCAGUGUCUUGCUCUGUCUUGUUCUUUGGGUACUUUAUGCAAACCGCCCCCAAAGGGAGGAAGUGUUUGCAAAGAAGCUCAACUUAGCCGAAAAACUGAAGAACAGAUUUAACAACAGAAAUUCUUCAUCUUUGCCAAAUGCAGCUUAUGAAGUAUAGAUUGUAAAAUAGAAAUAUGUUGGAAACAAGAAGUAAAUUAUACGUUUUUGAAGAUUAGGCAGAUA